AUGAAUGGCCCUACAGUUGUAUACAAUGAGCAACUCGAUCUCCCAUUUUGCGUACGGUGCAAACACGCAGUCGAAUUUGAUGGUGUAGUGAAGCAUAUGAAGAGAAACCAUUUAAUUUCGCAUGCAAGCAGCAUUCAGAUUGCUGGCGAGAUUGGAGACGCCCGAAGCCUGUCUCCCAUUGUUAAUGCAUCGGCUGCUGAGAUGAGACACAAAUACUUGGCAACGACUGUGGUUGAAUAUCGUUCCGGACCUGCCCUUCCGCCUCUGGAAGGGUUUCCCACGGCACUGUGUCACAAGUGCCCCGACUGCGGAUAUCUGGCACGGAAAGGCGCUCCCGUUCGUCGAAAUUGUGCUGCGAGUAAAGCGUGCAAGGGACAUUUAUCUCGUCAGCUCGAUGAGGUGAAGGGACAGGCCAUCUUUGGCGGAAACAAGUGCAGAUACUAUCAAGUCGUAGAAAACGGCGGUGACCUCUUUUCCGAUGUCCUCGCAGAAUCCAUGAGGAAACUGCAGGGAGCCACUCCAGCGAGUACUGCCAUCAACGAGGCCGGGAUUUCAGAGAUGAGCGCAUUACUUUCAGUUUUUCGCUUCGACACUCACUUAAAGCGUUGUGGGCUUAAACUUUCUGAAGCCAGCUCCCUGUGCAAGAGUACUGACAGCCGUAUACGCACACUUUCACGCGAGGUGGUCACAGCGUACCACAAGCAGGCCUUCGACAUAACCGAACAGAAGGUUUGGAUCAAGUCACACACGUUUAUGGAGUCGGACCUCAACAUUGCUGUUAGUCGGAAAACUGUGGAGCACUAUGACAACAGAAUGGUCCAAGUACUGGAAUUCGUCUUCAACUUGAUGUCUUCCAGCAGGCAGUUGUAUCAAUAUAUACCUCCCGAUGCCAUUCGGAGUGCAGAAUCUCUGCGAGCAGAUUCCAAUGCACCAAUGGCAUCCAAGUUGCGAAACUUCCAUGAUAUCCUACAGAACCUCCUUUUUCGUCACAACGAAAGCAACGAACUAAUCGCCUUGUUCAUCUCAUGCUACAGUGUCAUUCUCGAUCGCUCAAACGAGUACCGAUUUGCGAACGCCAGCGAAUUGACUCCCAUUCUCGCAGCCGUGAAGCACUUUGCUCGCUGCCUAGUCGUGAUGGAAAUAUAUCUCUACAGCUCUAGCGACACUACCGAGUCUUGGGAGCGAGUCUUGAAACUGAAUCACCCGCAUGUGGAUAAUGGCCUUCAAUAUGUGCAGUACUGCAUGAAAGUCUGUAAUCGCAUCAAGGUUGGGGAAGUACAUAAUAUUCGCUUUCUAAUCUGUCCGACGCAUCCGAGAUGCGCAAUUAUUGAUGGAAUCGAGCUUUCUUUAUCGCAACUUGGAUUGAAAAUGAAGCAAUUGCAGAAAAUUUCAUUGGGAUUGAUGCAAGAAAAACUGCUCAAUGGACUCAGGAUUACAGAUGCAUUCUGGUCGUCCGUUCAAAACCUGGACGACACAAUGACAGAUCAAACUCCUGGCUACUGGUUUGGAAUGCACAAGGCAAACCAAUAUCAUCUUUUUCAUUGGUCUCAGGCCUUACAAGGCAAACUGAAGCCCUUACUCCUGGAAUCGGACACAUCCCUGAACGAAGACAAAGCCAGAGCAUAUCUACAAGAUUGCGAAAGUCUACAAGAACAUAUAUAUACGCUCUUGCAGGUAUGCUCAGGAGCACCGGCAAGGACAUCCGAGUUGGGGAUUUUGCGGGUUUGCAAUACGGCAGUAGGACAGCGGAACAUCUUCACUCAAGCAGGACUCGUGUUUACUGUCAUUACGUAUCACAAGGGUCGCAAUGUGCACGAUGGUGUCGGCCGUCCCAUUGCGCGAUAUCCUGAUGCUGUUACUGCGGGUAUCUUGCUCAUCUACUUAACAGUUAUUCGCCCUGUCGAAUAUGCCCUCGUCGACCUCCUCGCGAAACCCAAUGAGGUCCCAGAAGGUUCAUCUGUCAGAAAAUUUGACCACGUUCAUGUGGACAGUGCCAUAUCACUAGGCGAGAGGCAUCGUGACCACCUGUUCGCCAGCCGUGGAGAGCCUUUCGGAAUUUGUCGAUUGCGCUACUGCUUCGAAAAGGUAAUGAAAAGUGCGGGAAUCCCAAUUGGAACCAGUCAAUACCGGCAGUACCACAGUGGAGUAGUGAAAAACUUCCUCGCGCAUAGCGAGGAGCACGAAACAAACUGCACGGGAAUGCUUCACACCCAGGCAGGACAUUCAGAGAAUACCGCUCACCAGAUAUACGGUGUAUCCCCCCUUGAUAUGAAGAAAUUGACGGCUAGCCAGCUUGAGCGAUUCCGUCAGGCCUCCAAAACGUGGCAUGAAGUACUUGGGCUGUUUGACGGGGAGCCGUGUUCUUACGAGAACGCCUACGAGCAGCUGCAAAUGACUGCUAGUGCACUGGAUACUAAUGCAUCAGCAGGGACCCAUCCGAUCGAUGUCACAAGUCACAUUUCGCGUCUUGAAAUGACUCUUCAAACUCGCGUUGAGGUCCUGCACAACGCCAUUCUCCAUAUCUCCGACUCUUUACUUGGGAAAAGGCGACUAAAUGAAUGGGUUGGUACCGAGGGAUACGCCGUUCUGCCCGAGAAGAGAAUCUGUCAACCUCCUUCGCUGCUGAAGCAAUUGCAGAUUUUUCUCAAUAAAAGUGACGCGCAUUUCAAGUCCCAGGAACAAGAAAAGGCAGUCGUGCAUUGUGUAGCACCAAAGAGCGACGCCUUGGUCGUCCUGCCAACUGGUGCCGGGAAGUUGUUGACUUUCAUGCUUCCCGCUUUCACUCACAAGACAAAGGUGAUGGUUGUAGUCGUUCCACUUGUGGCUCUGCAGCUUGACCUUAUCAAACGCUGCGAAGAUGCAGGUAUCCAAGCCUGUCAGUGGAAUGCGCGGGAUGUAGCCGGGGCACGUAUUGUUGUCGCCAGCGCCGAGCAUCUGUCUUCACCAGACUAUCAAUGUUUCCUUAGGGAACUAAAGGUUAUGAAUAAGCUGCAUGCAAUAUUCGUGGACGAGUGCCAUCUGGUUUUAUUAUGGCACAGUUUCAGAGAAGCCAUGAAGUACUUGCGCGGUUUCAUUCGUCCAGAACUCGUCAAUGUGCCAGUUAUGGCUCUAACGGCAACAGCCCCACCGUCCAUUGAACAACAAAUUACUUCCGCAUGUGGAUUGUCAGACUUCAUCACUGUGCGUCAGAAAACGUCGAGACGGAACAUCAGGUAUGAAGUUUACAACGUGAAGAGGCAAAAUCUCAAUCGUAAGGUGGACGAAAUGCUUGACUAUUUGCGUAACGUUUCCGGUACAUCUCCCUCCAGAGCCAUCACUUACGUGCAAACAAAAGAUGAAUGUGACUCGCUCUGUAUGAUGUUACAAACCCUGAACCCGGACAUGCCUUGCUUCAAAUAUCAUGCAGGUAUGGAAAAGGAUGACAGAAAUGCAAUGCAAUCCGGCUGGGAAGAUGAAUCUGAUGGACUUCCGCACGUCAUGGUUGCAACGAAAGCAUUUGGAUGCGGCAUUGACAUCUCCACUGUUCGGAUUGUCGUACAUGCUGGUCUUCCAAGCACGCUCACUGAGUACGUGCAAGAAAGCGGACGUGCCGGUCGUGACGGCCAACCUGCCAAAAGUACUGUGCUUAAUAUUAUCGAUCAGUUCAAUCAUUCAGUUGAACCGCAAUUGUCCGGUUUCGGUCCUAAGCAGCUGGUGAGUGUCGUCGGUGGCUGGUGGACCUGUUCAUGGACGGGUGUUCUGAUCACCGACCUUGUCAAGAACGUGGGAUGGAGGCUUGUGAUAUUUGUUCUUCCGAAGGAAGUGGAAUACGUUUACGUAGACGUGCUUCCGAAUUCCAAAACGAGGACACCUGCAGGAAAGAAGUUCAGAUUCGACCUACAAGGAAGCGCGUGA